AUGGCACUUUCUGUACUUCCUUCGCAGACAGAGCUCGCAAGUCUGGACAGCGUGGAGAAAGUUCGUCUUUGGGUGGGUGUCGACUCUGCUGUUUGGACGCGGCUCAGCAACGCGAUGGGGACCUUUCCGAAUGUCAGAACUCUAGCUUCUCUCCCUUUGAGCUCGUUGCGUGCUGGCAUGCCUGCCGUGCGAAUUGCUACCACGGGAAAUCCUCCACAGAGAGAGCUCACCCCCGUGGAAAUCAUUCAUGUUGCGCUGAUGUGGAGAGUGGCACGGCAGGCCUUUGGCAUUCAAGAUGUCGACCCUUUGGCUCCUCCAUCUGCUGGGGACGGGGCGGCAGCGACUCCGGCUGUUUUGGCAAGUCCGGGACGAAUGAAAGUCAAAGCGAAUGCUGUGAUAGAUCAGAUGGACGAAUCAGAAAUCGACAUUUUGAAUCAGAGCGAGCUGGACGAAGCCUAUCAGAAUCAUGUUGCUCUCACGGGCUGGGAUCCACCUGCAGAGGCGGAGCCGACGCCAGAACAGAUUGCAGCGCUCAAGACAAAGGUUGUGAUCAGAGGCGAGGCGCCUUAUGCAGACUUUUCUGUGUUGACGCCUUACGGACGCAGGAUGCAGAAGCAGAUGAAGGCUCGCUCAUGGAUUUUGCAGGCCGAUGGAACGUUCAAGGCCUUGGAUGUCCCAGGGCCUCCAACAUUCGAUGCGUGGAAAGCAUGCUUCAGGGUAUACAAAGCAGCCCUGUUCAUGUUGAAACAUCCAGGCAAGCCUGCUUCGACAACUUCGCCUGCUGUGUCACCAAAGCUUGUUGUGACGCCAGCUGCGCUCGAAGAGUACUUCGAGCUGGUGAGCAAGCUCAACGACGAGUUUCCAGAGACUUGGCACUUGUUACUGCAGGCGGAGGACCGAUGCAGGGCAGAAAUGUUCGAGCGUUUCCGCAGAGAGCUGACCAGAGCAGCUGCAGAAGGGAAGAUGCCAAUGGGACUUACCUUCAAUGGGGAGGCUCCUUGGAGUGGUGUCUUUCAGUAUGCGGCACGAAACGAGAGAUUCUGGAACGAAGCAUGUCCAUGGAAAGGGCUCAAGCGUCUACAGUGUCAGAGCAAGCACAGCAGGCGCUCGAAAAAUCUCGAAAACGUGAGCGCUGCUUUGGCAAAGACGCCCGGAGUGCCUUCACCUCCAGGGCAAGGGACCUCGAAGUUUGCAGAGAAAAGAAGGCGGAAGCGUCAAGAGGCAGAGCGGGCGCAAGAGGAGCAGGCAAAGAAGCAAAGGGUGCAGCCGAACGCAAGCAAGCUGCAUCCAAAGAAAUCGGGAGACAUGUACAUCACGACGGCCGAGGGCAUCGAGAUCUGUUUUCUGUUUUCGAGGGGGCGAUUGGGAGCAUGCCCAGAGCCAUGCAAGAACUGCAGGGCCCAUGUAUGUCAGUUUUGCCUCGGUGCGCACGCAAAUUUCCAGUGCACCCAGGCACCGUCCAAGACUACUGGGAAGGGUGGAGGAAAAGUCUCUGCAAAGUGA